AUGGCGCCCGCGCCGCGCCGCGAUCUCCUCGCAAAGGAACAUUUCGCAUUUGUCUUUGGAGGCGUCAAGACUCAGAGUUACUAUGAUCCGGCUGCGAAGGGCCCAGGUUCGCAUACCAUUCGGACAUUGGCCUGGAACCCUACCGGUCAGCUAAUCGCGACUGGCUCCGCGGAUCGCACGCUACGUAUAUGGAACCCCGAACGCCCAGCGAUUAAAUACUCGACGGAACUUCGCGGACACUCGGCCGGCGUGGAGAAAGUUCUCUUCAACCCAGUACGAGAUGCGGAAUUAGCAAGCUGUUCGACAGACGGGACGGUGCGCUUCUGGGACGUGCGCUCUAAGACAUGUGUGAGCCGCUUAGAUGUCGGCGGCGAGGCCUUUACGCUCUCCUGGUCAGCAGAUGGGAGUACAAUGGUCGUUGGUAGGAAGGAUGACACUUUGAUCCCCAUCUCAGUCCAGUCGCCGUCUACACCUACGAUCCUAUCAAAUGGUACUGCUACUAAUGGCGUAUCCUCAUUCGGAGGCUCAAAACCUAGCGCUUCGACAUAUACAGCUCUCACACCACACCCGCAACCUAUCCAAACCAACGCCACUACCUUCUCCAACCAUGUCGCAACCCCUACCUCCCCAGACCUACACCUCUUCGCAACAACCGGCGAAGGCACAGUCAAGAUAAUGUCGUACCCUUCUUUUGAUAUCCUUCAUACUCUCCACGCACACACCUCCUCCUGCAUGGCUAUAUCACUAGCACCUACCGGCCGCUAUCUGGCCGUGGGUGGUAGCGACGCUUUGAUUUCUCUAUGGGAUACAACGGAUUGGAUUUGUCGCCGUACGUUAUCCAGUGAAAACGGCGGGUCAAUUCGCGGCGUUAGUUGGAGCUUUGAUGGCCGAUUUAUCUGCGGCGCUUGUGAUGAGCCCUUCUGUGGUGGAAAUGGAUUGGAGAUUUUCCAUGCAGAAACGGGUGAAAGUGUCUAUACUAUACCCACGACUAGCGCCAAUGUGGGUGUUCCCGCUGUUGCGUGGCACCCCUCUAGAUAUUGGUUGGCUUACUCGACGACCCAUGAUGGGCCGGGCAGUGGUUCCGGAGGUCUGAAGAUUGUUGGUGCUGCUGGUGGUGGCCUGUGA